CAGAGAGAGAAAAGAGACGCAGAAAGAAGAAGAAAUUCCUAUACAAAGAGUUGAAGACUGAGAGAAGCACAAUUUAAACAGCUCUCUGUUUAAGCACAAAGGGAGAAGGAAUAGAAAAAUAAAGUCUUGCUGUUCGUGUUUAAGAGAGAAAACAGAGGAAUUGAGAAAGAAGAGAGGGUUUCUGUUGCUGUUGUUGUUGUUGUUGUUUAUCAUGAGAAACUUGUCAUGUUUUCUUCUAUGACAUAACAUGCAUGAAGAAGGAAGAGAAGAAUCAGAAAAUUUGUAAAUCAUUAUCAUCAAUGGAGCCGAAGUUUGUUUUACAGUGGGGAAACAAGAAGAGGUUAAGAUGUGUGAGAGUCAAGGACCCACAAAAGCUUUCACAGAAGCCAAACGGCGUAAUUGGCAGGAGAAUCACAAGAAUCGAUCGAUGUCUGGUCACUGCCUCCGACAAAGAAACCACAACCCGUCUCACUAGGAAUUCUGAGGCUGCAAUACUCCGGUUGGGCACAAAUGGCAACCGAAAAUCAUUGUCACCUGAGAAGGAAGAUAGGUACUACUCUACAAGAGCAUCAGUGGUCGGUGAUGAGAAUGGCAAGGUUCCUGUGGAUGCUAAUAAUGGAGAGGAAAAUAAAUUGGUUGUUUGGCCGAAGCUGUACAUUACUUUGUCAAACAAAGAAAAAGAGGAGGAUUUCUUAGCUAUGAAAGGGUGUAAGCCCCCUCAAAGGCCUAAAAAGAGAGCCAAGAUUAUUCAAAGAAGUUUACUUUUGGUAAGUCCUGGUGCUUGGUUGACUGAUAUGUGCCGAGAAAGGUAUGAAGUUAGGGAGAAGAAGAACUCUAAGAAGAAACCAAGAGGAUUGAAGGGCACAGGGAGUGUGGAAAGUGAUUCUGAAUGAGGAACGUUGGUUAUACAAGUUAUAGCAGCAGCAGCAGCUGCUGCUGCAGUGCCACUUUGCUUUGAAAAAUUUGGAAAUUUGCAUUGUGAUUUUUAUCAGAGAAAUGGAGGAGAUGACAGAAAAACACUCUACUGGUUUUGCUGUAUAUAAAGACAUUUGAUUUUUAUUAAUGAAAAGAUUUCUUUUGUUAUCUUCA